GCGGUUUUUUUUUGGAGCGUGAAUUUUUCGACAUGUUGGAGGACAGGAACAUCGCUCUCGACGUCCCCUGCGACAUCGGCCCCUCCCUGGAGCUCUCGUUGCCGUUGAGGCUGUGUGGCGGUUGCGAGUCAAGUGGGGCAGCGGCGGAGGGCGGUGAUCUGGGUUCUGGUCCCGCUACUCAGCUGCACUGUGGCGAGAGCCGUGGUCAGUUCGACGACAGCGAGGAUGAGGGGCCUGCUCCGCCAUUGAGGGACACGCGGCGGUCAAUGUUGUCUAUUCCUGGGGUUCAGACUGACGCUCCGGUUCAACGGGAGAGGACUCCCAUCGACGUCGACCCCAGGUACUUCCUCGAGUACAAAGACGACGUUCGGACAAAGCGGGAGUUCGAGAUUAGCCCUGCGCAGGUCGUCGACCUCGGGGAUUGGGAGGACCUGUACAACCAGCACUCCCUGGAUUCCGUGCUCGUGGAAGGGAUCAAAGAAGCGAUGCGGUUGGCGUUCGAAAACAAAGCGCGGUCUUACGAUUUACCUACCUUGAAGCUGGCACUGUUGGGGCUUGAUAAACCGACUCCGGGGACCAAGGCAGAACGUAUGAGGCCGGAGGAUUGGAGGGAUGAGCUGGCGGGACAAUACUACUACUACGCGGUGUGUGGCCAGCACAACGCGGAUGCAGCGAAAUCGCUGCUCGGCAGCGAGGUGGCCACGAAAUACAAUUUCGAGCGGUGGCCUGCACGAAUGGUCUACUUUUCGGACGACGACUUCGAAGGAUCAGAGGGCGACGAGGCCAUCAGGAAACAAGGCGCUGCACUGCGUUCCUAUUUCCCACUGGCGAUGGCAGGGGACAACGUAUGGAAACUGGCCGUCGAGUUUUUCGAGAAAUGGGAGACAGGCAGAUUGCUCGGACACGACGACACAAAGUGGAUCAUGCGGAAGAAGAAAGUCAAAAACGUGAAGCCUGGGGUUGCCUACAUCGACAACGACAAGCUGGGCAGGAAGGAGGUCGUGUACAAUGUCCCUGUGGGCCCGCCGACAAAGAAAGGCAAAAAGGAGAAAGAGGAGGGCGAGUGGUUCGUGCAAGUGUCUGAGCCGGACGCGCAUUGUUGGAAAACGAUGAAGUCCCUGACCGACAACGACAAGUGCCGCGUCCUGAAGAAGGUGUUCCCUUGCGAGGUGGUUUGGGUCCAGGCCGGCUCCCCGGCGUUGGCGAAGCUCAGAAAGCUGAGCGUCCAGGAGAUGGUGCAGUUGGUGAACUGCGACCGGGUGCUAGUGCGUCUGUGGAACUACUACCAGUUCAAACACGACAAAAGGCCGGGCGCGGAUUGGAGCCAGAGGUGCCCGUUCCGAAACUCAAGGUCCGCAAUUUUCAGACAGUUUGAGAGUCGUGGUUUGGAUGCUGAGUUGUGGGACGGGAGCAGGAAAUACGUCACUGACUCCUCGCUGUUCAAGAACUGCCCGCCCUACAUGGGCUGCGACGACGACAAAUCGAUCGGGGCGACGGAGAAGUUGGUCGGUCACAAGAAAUUGUUCGUCGACUGGAGGAAUAAAGUCCUGUCCGUGUUGACUGGCAGUAGAAUGAAGAGUCACGAGAUCGCGCUCGCCGAAGGUAUUGUGCACAUAAAAUGGAAAGACACAGGCGACGUGACAUCCAUUGCGCCAUUCGGCAACGACCCCUUGGAGGCAGACAUAAGGAGUGCGGAGGUGAAGGAGGCAGUGGUUGCCACAAAGAGUCACAUGUUCGUCCUCGAUCUGUGCGAACCAGUGGACCUGAAGCUUUGGAAACCGCAAGCGUUCGACACUCUGGAUUCCCAACUUCAGACGUGGUGUCCGUCGCAUUGGACACUCGUCAUUUUCGUCCCGCGGCAGCAGAACCUCUCCUUUCUGGCCAGCAUGAACCAUCUUUCUUUCGUCAAGCUGCUGGAAGGGUGAGGAGGAGUGAACAGAAGAAAAGCUUCCCCGU